AUGCAUGCAUUGGACAUGGCACAAAGUUUUUUAUCAUCCCCGUACGUUCAAAUGAAAUACUCUCAUCAGUUACGAGUUCCCCCAUCCUUCCAACCACUGAGUGAAUCUCACGUGUUGAAAACAAGAAUUGCGUUAGAAAAUCAACGUGUCCGAUUGACCUUUGCUUUGAAACAUCGAAACACGGAAUGGCUGACGAAAACUUUCGAACGUGUCAGCAAUCCAGACAGUGAAGACUAUGGUAACUUCUUGUCCAUGGCUCAAGUGGCAAAGAUAACAGCGCCUGAAGACUCGCAUUCGAAAGCACUCUUCCAAUUUUUGAACAGCAUUCCAGACGUACACAUCACUCACUUGUCAAAACAUUUGAAUUUUGUUACCGUGAGAAUGAGCGUUAAAUCUGUCGAUACUUUUCUGAAAGCCAAAAUGAAACCUUUUGUUCAUAAAGACAACGGACAGGUCCUCUUCCGUUCCAUUGAAGGUUUUGCACUUCCACUUCAAGUAGCACCUGGAAUUCAUACUGUUUUUGGAAUUCACCAUUUUCCUCAAUAUCGACGAAUGGUCAAACAUCGACGACCACUCCUUCAAGCAAAAGAUUUAUCUGAAAGUCCAAUAACCACACCUCAAUCCAUUUGGAAACGAUAUAACAUGACUCGAGAUGACCUCAAUGCCAUUCCUUUCCCCAAAAAUAGACAAGCGAUCGCUUCCUUUUUAGGAGAAUACUAUUCUCCCAAAGAUUUAGAAAUGUUCCAACAAGCUUUUAAUCUCUCUAGAAUUCAACCUAUUGUCAACGGACCCAACGAUGCAUCCAAGCCAGGAAUUGAAGCCUCCUUAGACAUUCAAUAUAUUAUGGCAACUGGUCACAACAUGAACACAACCAUCAACUCCAUUCCCGACGAAGAAACUGCAGAUCCCUUCCUCGACUGGAUUGCUCUUUUACAAUCUCAAGGAGAAGAAUGUGCCCAAGUACAUUCCAUUUCUUACGGAGCUGUUGAAAAAUACAUUCCGGAAGAUGUCCAAAUGACAUUGGAUUAUGAAUUUCAAAAAUUAGCAGUUACGGGACGAACCGUGUUAAUUGCGAGUGGAGACGACGGAGCCAGAUGUAGUGAGGAUCAAAAUUCUUUCGAACCAGAAUGGCCAACUUCUUCUCCGUAUGUGACAAGUGUCGGAGCAACCAAACCAUCGAAUCGAAUGGUUUACUGGAGAAAUUAUUCACUCCAAGAAGAAGCUACGGAAUGGAGUGGAGGAGGUUUCAGUAAUGCCUAUUCUCGUCCAAGUUAUCAAAACGAUGCCGUCACCUCCUACCUCUCUCAACCUCAUCUUCCCUCCCCAAAAUAUUUCAAUCGGAACGGAAGAGCUUAUCCCGACAUCUCCGCUUUCGGAGUCAAUUAUCAAGUCAUGCACCAAGGAAAAUUCGAAAGUGUCGACGGAACCAGUGCCAGUACUCCAGUCGUUGCAGGUAUGAUUGCCUUACUGAACGAUGCUCGAAUGAGGCAAGGAAUGAAACCUUUGGGAUUUUUAAAUUAUUGGCUCUAUAAGAAGGUUGCCUUACAACAGUUAAAUGCUUUUUAUGAUGUCGUUUUUGGAAAUAAUGCAAUGGCUCCUUGUCCAGGAUUUCCUGCAACGAAAGGAUUCGAUGUGGUGACCGGAUGGGGAACUCCGAAUUUUGAAGUUUUGAAAAAGAUUGCAUUGGAACAAUUGUGA